AUGCUUGUAAUCGGGCUUACAGGCUCGAUCGCAACGGGCAAAUCCACCUGCUCUCAGAUACUGUCCUCUCCCCCGUACUCUUUGCCAUUGGUCGAUGCCGACUUGCUAGCACGAAAAGCAGUGGAACCAGGCACAUGGGGAUACCGCCGCAUAGUCGCAACCUUUGGUCCCACGACACCAGAACUCCUCCUUCCGGCCUCAGAUCCCCAGUGCGGCGGCAAGGAAAAUGGGCCGAACGGCAAAGGGAGACCGUUGAACAGACCCAUGUUGGGGAGAAGAGUGUUUGGCAAUACAGAAGAGAGGAUACACGACAGGAAGAAGCUGAACGCCAUCGUACAUCCAGCCGUGCGGCUCCUCAUGGCACGCGCGAUGCUGUAUUACUAUCUCCGAGGACAUUGGGCUGUGCUUGUUGACGUUCCCUUGUUGUUCGAGUCUGGUCUCGACAUCUUCUGCAGCACGGUCAUUGUCGUCGCUGUCUCCGAUCCACUGAUCCAGAUGCAACGUCUCCAAGACCGAGAUCCGCAUCUAUCGUUUGAAGAUGCAGAGAACAGAGUCAAGAGCCAGGUCGAUGUGCGAGAAAAGGCUGUGCGAUGUGAACGUCGAAACAACGGCAAGAAGGAUGCGGGAAAAGGUUAUGUCCUCUACAAUGACGGAAGUAAAGACGAUCUUAAGAUUCAGAUUGCGGACGUCAUGGGGAAGAUCAGAUCUAAAAGUCCGCGGUGGUGGAGUCUGCUGCUUCUUGUUUGCCCGCCUCUUAUGGCUACGGUCGCGUCCUGGGAAGUAUUCUGGAACUGGUAUGUACGGCGGAAGACUAUUAAGGCGAGAGGCGAAGAAAUGGCGAAACCGAAAUAG